AACAUUUUGCAAUUGAGGGAUAAGUUUUUACCUAAAAGGUAUUAAGAAUCCUUUUUAAUACCAUUCAUUGUAUGUUGUAUUCAUUGCGUAGUGGGUUAUUAGUUAUUGCUCUAUUUUAUUUCAUUAUAUUUUUAAUAUUUGUUGAAAAUGAAUGCACCUCCGACAUUUGAGUCCUUUUUGUUGUUUGAAGGAGAAAAGAAGAUCAUUAAAGAAUUGGAUACAAAAGUGCCCAACGCAGCGAUAUUUACUGUGAACAAAGAAGAUCAUACAUUGGGGAACAUGAUCAGGAACCAACUGUUGAAGGACCCCAAUGUGCUGUUUGCUGGCUAUAAAUUACCUCACCCCUUGGAGCACAAGUUUGUCCUCCGUAUUCAGACCACCUCGGACUACACUCCCCAGGAGGCUCUUAUGAAUGCCAUCACUGACCUCAUUGCCGAGAUCUCCUUGUUUGAAGAGAGGUUUAAGGAAUCUAUCAAAGAAAAGAAGGAGGGACUGGAUUGAGCUCUUGGAAAACUCAGUCGACCCAUACAACACAUUUUAUUGACUAAUAUUUUUGUAUAUUAAGUUAUUUAUAUUUUUCACUCAACUGUAAAUAAAAGUAUUAAUAUUUCUUUUCA